UAUUCCCAUCACUGCAUUUAGUUUGAAGAACCCAUUAAAAAUUCUAACCUUGCUUGAUCCUUUGCCAAAAGAUCAAGCUUGAUUUGAUCCAGUGGUUUUGCCUCUUAUAUAGUUGGUGCUUGAUUAGAAAUCAUGAAGGAGAAGUUUGGGGUUAUAACACUCUCGUUUGUUCUCAUCUUGCAACUUGCGUUGGGUAAAUUUCUGGUGGAGAAGAACAAUCUGAAAGUGACGUCACCAGAGACCAUCAAAGGUGUUUACGAAUGUGCAAUUGGGAAUUUUGGAAUUCCAAAAUACGGUGGAACACUUGUCGGAGCCGUCGUGCAUCCCGUAUCGAACCACAAGGCUUGUAAGAGCUUCAGCGAAUUCGGUGUCUCCUUCAAAUCCACACCUGGGAGAUUACCCACUUUCCUUCUUAUUGAUCGAGGAGAUUGCUAUUUCACUUUGAAGGCAUGGAACGCUCAGCAAGCAGGGGCAGCUGCGAUUCUGGUGGCAGAUAACAAACUCGAGCCAUUAAUCACAAUGGAUACACCUGAAGAAGACAAUGCUGAUGCGGAUUAUCUCGACAAGAUUACCAUUCCUUCUGCUCUGAUAAGCAAAUCGCUGGGAGACAGCAUAAAGUCUGCUCUGUCUGAUGGUAAUAUGGUUAACAUGAACCUAGACUGGACCGAGUCUGUUCCACAUCCCGACGAGCGUGUUGAAUACGAGCUCUGGACCGAUAGCAACGACGAGUGCGGCAAGAAAUGUGAUACUCAGAUUGAGUUUCUCAAGAACUUUAAAGGAGCAGCUCAGAUUCUUGAGAAAGGAGGGUAUACUCAGUUCACACCACAUUUCAUCACUUGGUAUUGCCCCAAGGCUUUUCGGUUGAGUAAACAGUGCAAGUCUCAGUGUAUCAAUCAUGGAAGGUACUGUGCUCCGGAUCCUGAGCAGGAUUUUAGUAGAGGUUACGAUGGAAAAGAUGUUGUUGUUCAGAAUUUACGCCACGCUUGUGUUUAUAGAGUGGUUAAUGAGACCGGUAAGCCAUGGAUCUGGUGGGACUAUGUGACUGACUUUUCUGUAAGGUGUCCCAUGAAAGAUAACAAGUACACAAAGGAAUGCGCAGAUGAAGUUAUCAAGUCACUUGGCAUUGAUCUCAAGAAGGUAGACGAGUGUAUUGGAGACCCUGAGGCAGAUGUGGAGAAUCCAGUUCUUAAAGCAGAGCAGGAGUCACAGGUAGGCAAAGAUUCCCGUGGAGACGUGACUAUCCUCCCAACACUUGUGGUCAACAACAGGCAAUACAGAGGUAAGUUGGAAAAAGGAGCAGUGCUCAAAGCUUUAUGUGCGGGGUUUCAAGAGACAACAGAACCAGCAAUAUGUCUAACUGAAGAUCAAAACACCAAUGAGUGUUUAGAAAACAAUGGUGGGUGCUGGCAAGACAAAGCUGCUAACAUUACUGCAUGCCUGGAUACUUUCAGGGGAAGACUGUGUGAGUGCCCUACUGUUCAAGGUGUCAAAUUUGUUGGUGAUGGUUACACUCAUUGCAAAGCCUCUGGAGCUUUGCGCUGUGGAAUCAACAAUGGAGGAUGCUGGAGAGAAACACGAGGUGUCUACACAUACUCUGCUUGCCUUGAUGAUCAUUCAAGUGGAUGCAAAUGCCCGCCUGGGUUCAAGGGCGACGGAGUAGAGAGCUGUGAAGAUGUGGAUGAGUGCAAAGAGAAAGUGGCUUGCCAGUGCCCUGAGUGUAAAUGCAAGAACACAUGGGGAAGUUAUGAAUGCAGCUGCGGGAAGGGUUUGUUUUACUUGCGUGAGCAUGAUACUUGCAUUGGAAAAUUCGGAGCGAUGAAACUAAGCUGGAGCUUUCUGUGGAUUCUCCUACUUGCAUCAGCUGCUGCGACUCUUACAGGAUAUGCCAUCUACAAGUACAGAAUCAGGAGUUACAUGGACUCAGAGAUUCGGACAAUCAUGGCGCAGUACAUGCCUCUGGACAGCCAACCCAACACUAGUGGAAUUCAUAUGGACAUUUGAAACCUUAACAAACUGUAUGAUCACUUCUUAUAUAAAUCUUUUAGCCCUGCCAACUUUGAACUCUUAUGGAUGUUUGAAUCAGUUUUUGCCUCCAAAACCAUGCUUUAUGUCUUGACACAGCAAAUAUGCAAAAAAUUUCAAAUUUCUUA